UAUUCUUUUAAACCCUGAAUUCAUGAGGUCGCGCGACGCUAGUUCCUGCUAACUAGCGUUAGCUUGACGGAGUCGUCGCCCCUUGUGUUUUCCUCCUGCGGUCACAUGACCAGACUCCUCUGCUGAGAAGAGCACACUCCACGGUUUGUUCCCCGCAAACUGUUGUGUCACAGUUUACCGCCUUCAGUUCCACACCUCCAUCAGCCUGCGCGCAGCUUCAACCAUGAAGCUGAUUAUUCUCAACGAUUACGCUCAAGUCAGUGAGUGGGCUGCCAAGUACAUCAGGAACAAGAUCCUGCUGUUUCAGCCUGGUCCGGACCGGUACUUCACUCUUGGACUCCCAACAGGAAGCACUCCCCGGGGUUGUUAUCGGAAACUGAUUGAAUACUACAAAAAUGGAGAGAUCUCCUUCCAGUAUGUGAAGACCUUCAACAUGGAUGAGUAUGUGGGGCUGCCCAGAGAUCACCCUGAGAGCUACCACUCCUUCAUGUGGACCAAUUUCUUCAACCACAUCGACAUCAAACCAGAGAACGCACACAUCCUGGAUGGCAACGCCAGCGACCUGAUCGCAGAGUGCAAUUCCUUCGAGGAGAAGAUCAAAGCUGCUGGAGGAAUCCAGCUCUUCGUUGGAGGCAUUGGACCCGAUGGCCACAUUGCCUUCAACGAGCCGGGCUCCAGUCUGGUGUCCCGGACCAGGAUCAAGACUCUGGCCAAGGACACCAUUGAGGCGAACUCCAGAUUCUUUGAUGGAGAUCUGUCCAAGGUGCCCACCAUGGCACUGACUGUUGGGGUGGGCACUGUCAUGGACGCCAAAGAGGUCAUGAUCCUCAUCACUGGGUCACACAAGGCCUUCGCUUUAUAUAAAGCCAUAGAAGAAGGUGUCAACCACAUGUGGACAGUGUCGGCCUUCCAGCAACACCCGCAGAGCGUCUUUGUCUGCGACGAGGACGCCACCUUGGAACUGAGAGUGAAAACGGUCAAGUAUUUCAAAGGGAUGAUGCAUGUUCACAACAAGCUGGUGGAGCCACUUCCUCCACGGUCUGAGCCUUGACCAGUCAACAUGUCAUCUCCCCUCCUUCUCAAGUUCAAACCUCUUCUGUGAUAGUUCUCUGUCCUUUGUUUCAAAUUUUAAUAAAUCAU